CACCUACCUGACCAUUGUGAGGGAUGGGGUGACCUUCCUGUGUGGAAUCCUGGGAAUAUAGAGAACGGGAACAUCUCUCUGGUGGGUUCCCAUUACUGGAUCCAUCUACCUGAUGAUGGUAAGGGAUGGUGUGACCUUCCUGUGUGGAAUCCUGGGCAUACAGAGGACGGGGACAUCUCUGUGGUACUUACGUUAUUGACACCCAUCUCCACCUACCUGAUGAUGAGGGAUCAUGUGAUCUUCCUGUGUGGAAUCCCGGGAAUACAGAGGCUGGGGACAUCUGUCUGGUGGGUUCCCAUAAUUGGAUCCAUC